ACGACAACCUCUACAGCAACCACGCGCCUCCACAUCACCCCUUUCAAUCCAGACAUCUUGUCUGCCCUGCUGCCUCCCUCUUUGCAACCGAAUGCUACGGAAAUAUCAUUUCAUACCCUACCAACAUUCCCUGAGAAAAAUUACGGCUACGUGACCCUGCCAACAAUGGAGGCGGAGAAGAUCAAGAAGAAGCUUCACGGGUCUAUCCUGAAAGGCAAAAAGUUCAAGGUGGAAACUGCGCGACCGCAGAAGGAAAAGGAAUUGGAACCAAAUGUGUCUGAUUCCGGAGCAGAACGUUCGAACAAGGAAAAGAAGGGUUCGAAGAAACGAAAGGCCGGUGAAGAUGUCCUAGAUGGUCACGAACUCCCGUCGGAUCGCAAAGUCAAACGAGGGUGGACCGAGUCCACAGAUGCCAAGGCCGAUAGACGGAAGGAAGAAAAGAAACAGAGAAAGGAGGAGAAGAAGGCAAAGGCACAAGCCAAAUCCAAGUACACAGAGAAGGAAGAAUGCUUGUUCCGUACUCAACUGCCCCCUAACAAAGCCUCUGUCGUGGGUGAAAAGCAGGAUAAGAAGUCAAAGAAGAAGAAAUCUUCGGAGUCAGUUGUCCAUGAGUUUGCAAAUACUAUAACCCACCCGAAGUUUAUCCGUUCUGCCGCGGAGGAUACAACCACUACGGCAACAUACGAGGAAGGAAAGGGCUGGAUUGAUGAUACAGGAAAUGUGAAAGAACCGGUCAAUGAAAAAAUCAAGGAUUCUCAGUAUAGACCUGGAAAGGUAGCGGGAGCGAAAGAAAAGCGAAAGUCCCAGUCGAAAGAAUCGACAAAGAAGGCCAAGCUUCUUCCUAAAGAAGAAUCGGAAGAGUCAGGAGAUUGGACUUCUUCCAGUGGAUCUUCAUCUGAUGACAGUGACUCGGAAAGCGAGAAUGAGCCGGCCAAUACUUCUAACACGUCCGACAAGUCGUCCAGCAACGAGACCAAGGAAGAAAAGAAGCAAUCAGAACUAGCAACUACCAUCCCAUCAGACGGGGAUGAAUCGUCAGAGACAAGUGAACAACCAUCCUCAAAAGAAGUCCAUCCCCUGGAAGCGCUCUACAAACGCUCUGCACCAGCCUCUUCAGAAACAAAACCCGUCGAGGAAACCAACGCGUUCAGCUUCUUCGAGAAUAAUAACGACAUAGAAUCCGAGGAAGAACCUACUGAACCAGUAGCACCACAAACACCUUUCGCCAAGGAGGAUAUCCAAGCUCGCGGGCUGAGGAGCGCCGCCCCAACCCCAGACACCGGUCUAGUAGGCCGAAGCAUCAGAUGGGAUGAGGAUGGCGAUGAGAUGGACGUGGAUGAUGAAUCAUCUAUCGACACACCAGUCCUUAAGAAGAACGGUGCAGAAAAGGAGGAGUCGGAUUUUGCGAAAUGGUUCUGGGAAAAUCGGGGAGACAAUAAUCGGGCCUGGAAGAAACGGCGGCGUGAGGCUGCCAAGGAAGAGAGGCAGCGGGAGAAUCGCCGGAAAGGAUUGAAGGGGAAAUCAUAG